UCAGCCCCAAACGACAACAAACAGAAAAGAUGAUGACAGUUGCUGCUAUCAUCAUGCUGUCCUUAGCUGACCUCGCCCUGAACACCAUAGCCUACGUGAAAGGCGGGGACCUGAGCACGUUCAAAAACGACAUCAACGGCUUCAGCAUCUUCACCUCUUUGUUGGACAUGUGGGUCCUCGCGGCGUUGAGAACGUGUGUGAUGUUGGGAGCUGUUUUAGUCGUACUCUGCAACACCAGAAUCAAACUUACCACUUCGUGGAUCGGUAUCCUACCAGCUGUCACGUGUGCGUACACCUUUGUCAAGCUGCUGCUCUACUCAGAAGGGGAAGUGAAGUUCCCCCACACGCCGUGGUUCUGGGGUACGUUUGUCGGCAGUAUCGUCGGCUCCGCUGUAUUCUACAUCAACUGGGCCUUACUUUCUCACGUAAGUGUGAACACGAGGAAAGCGAUGGCCGAAGAAGCCGAGAUAUUGCUGGGGAGGAAAGUGAAGUGCGAAUCAAACUCCUCCUCACUGAAAAAGCUGAUCAUCUAUGCCAAACCUGUCAUCCCGUACUUCCUUGCAGGGAUGUCCUUCCUGAUCGGAGGAGCCGUAAGCGACACUUUCAUCCCUUACUACACCGGCAUGGUGAUUGACGGGAUAGCCAAAAUAGAAACGUCCCGGGACAAGUUCACCCACGCCAUCGUUCUCAUGUCUAUCUUAACGGCCAUUAGUGCAGUCUGUUAUGGCAUGCGUACUGGAUUAUUCGAGAUCACCAAAAUAAAGCUGAACAUCCGAGUCCGAAACCUGCUGUUCCGGUCCAUCACUAGCCAGGAGAUCGGAUUCUUCGACAGCGUCAAAACUGGUGAACUAAUCUCUCGCCUCAGUGCGGACACAACCGUCACCACCGAGGUAUUUGUCAACCAUGUCAAAGUUCUCUGUGCGAGUACCGUGCGUGUGGUCGGCAUUGUGGCGUUCAUGUUGAAGUUGUCCUGGAGACUGUCUAUCCUGGCUCUUAUCAUGCUGCCUGCUGUUGCUGUGGUCACCAGGGUGUUUGGAGAAUAUCUUAAGACCUUUAACGCGUUUUGA